UACCUUAUUACAGGACCCGAUCCAUCGGCCUAAACUACCUACUAAUCGGAUUUUAUGGUGGCUUCCACGUAGAAUUAUUCCCGCCUUUUUUUUUAUACGCGCGUUAGUCUUCUGGAAUCUCCACCUCUCGUCGCCGCCGUUGCACCGCCAUCGUUGGGGUCGUUGUUGCUCACCUUUUGUCUCCGUAUGCUUACUCUCACCUUGUCGCACUUCACAUUUUUAUUUCAGGCCAAAAAGAAAAAAGAAAAAAACUAAAUGUCUGAGAACUUGUCUUGAAGCGGAAAGGAAUGUCUUGUACCACCAACUUUGGGGCUUCUUUGAAUCUUCACAGUGGAAUUUCCAGGCCGUUUAUGUUCAGACAAGCCUGUAUUUUCCAAAAGUCUUCUGCUUUCUUUUUUGAGCCCUUCAAGUUGAGCUCCACCACUCAGAGUAUUUUCCCAGCUACACGUCAUUUUAGUGGCUCACAGACAUUUCGUCGCUUUUUCAAAUGUGCUGUUGCGGAUUCGGAGCCAUCAGCUUCUGUUGGUGAUGGCACAAGCGAUUCUCAAGAAAGGCUGGUUGUUCUUGUCAUUGGUGGAGGGGGACGUGAACAUGCUCUCUGCUAUGCCUUGCAACGAUCACCAUCUGUUGAUGCUGUACUUUGCGCUCCAGGCAAUGCAGGAAUUUCUAAGUCAGGAAACGCCACUUGCAUUUCCGACCUUGACGUCUAUGAUGGAGCUGCAGUAAUCUCAUUUUGCCGUAAGCAGGGUGUGGGUCUAGUUGUAGUGGGACCUGAAGCUCCACUAGUUUCGGGCAUUGCAAAUGAUUUAGUCAAGGCUGGAAUCCCAACUUUUGGCCCAUCUGCAGAAGCUGCUGCUUUGGAAGGUUCAAAGAAUUUCAUGAAGCAUUUGUGUGACAAAUAUAGAAUUCCAACUGCCAAGUACAAAACAUUUACAGACCCACAUGCUGCCAAGCUAUAUAUUAAAGAACAAGGAGCACCGAUUGUAAUCAAAGCAGAUGGAUUGGCUGCAGGAAAAGGAGUUACUGUUGCCACGACGCUGGAACAGGCCUAUGAAGCUGUUGAUUCAAUGUUGGUGAAGGGUGAGUUUGGUUCUGCUGGUUGUCGUGUCAUUGUGGAGGAAUUUCUAGAAGGAGAGGAGGUAUCUUUCUUUGCAUUGGUUGAUGGAGAAAACGCAAUUUCACUAGAAUCUGCCCAAGACCAUAAGCGGGUUGGUGAUGGCGAUACAGGGCCAAACACUGGUGGCAUGGGCGCAUACUCUCCAGCCCCUAUUCUAACCAAGGAACUUCAGACUAUAGUAAUGGAUUCUAUUAUCAUCCCUACAGUAAAAGGAAUGUCAGCUGAAGGCUGCAAGUUUGUUGGGGUUCUGUAUGCUGGGCUUAUGAUUGAAAAGAAGUCUGGCUUGCCUAAACUAAUUGAGUACAAUGUGCGUUUCGGAGACCCAGAAUGCCAGGUGUUGAUGGUCCGUUUGGAGUCUGAUCUGGCACAAGUUCUACUUGCAGCCUGCAGAGGAGAGUUAAAUGGAGUGUCAUUGAAGUGGUCUCCAGGAUCUGCCAUGGUUGUGGUAAUGGCAAGUAAGGGAUAUCCUGGAUCCUAUGAGAAGGGAACAUUAAUUCAAAACCUUGAAGAAGCUGAGAAUGCUGCUCCCAGCAUCAAGAUUUUCCAUGCUGGAACUGCUUUUGAUUCUGAGGGCAGAUUUAUCGCCACCGGAGGGCGUGUUCUUGGGGUCACUGCUAAGGGAAACAAUCUUGAAGAGGCGCGAGACCGGGCUUAUCGAGCCGUCGAGGAGAUUUACUGGCCGGAGGGUUUCUACCGGCGAGAUAUAGGGUGGAGAGCCCUUCCAAAGAAAUCAUAUGCUACCAAGGAUAAGCUGCUUUGAAGAAUCAGGCUCCUUUAGAUGAUCAGUUUUGUAAUUUUCUUUUUGCAGCGAAACUUGGCCUAAAAGUUCUUGUAGGUAUUUGCUGCUUCUCCAAUAAUAUGAUUAUAAUAUGUGAAGUCCCAUCGUGUAAUAUUGGAUUAUGAAAAAUGUAACAUUAACAUGUGUUGUAUAUUUAUUGGAGAACUUGAUAGCAAUUACCUUUUUUUUC